AUGGUCGCGAAGGUUAUCUCUGAGCCUAAGUCCCCGGUCAGCAGGGCUUAUCUUUUCCUGUACAAUACCACCUGUGCCAUCCUAUGGCUGUCUAUUCUGAUCACUAUCAUAACAAAUUUGAUCUCAUCCCAAGACGUCGCGGAUAUUUACGAAAAUGUCGAAUUGUGGGCAAGAUAUACUCAGACUCUAGCCGUGGUCGAAAUUCUUCACGCGGCAACCAGUAAGCACAUACAUCCCUCGUCUCAACCCCCUUUACCCUAUCAUCCCGACCCUUGUUACGAUGAUACUAAUCAAGGUCAUAUUGUAGAAUUAACCAGAUCUCCAGUUUUUACCACAUUCACGCAGGUCUUUGCUCGCUCCGUGCAGGUCUGGGCAAUCAACUAUGCAUUUACUAGUGUGACGGCUCCGUCGGUGGCGUACCCUGUUAUGCUACUGGCAUGGUCUUCGGCAGACAUAAUUCGCUAUCUGUAUUUUGCAAUUAUACAAGCGGGUUACUCAGUACCGGAAUUUCUAAAAUGGUCUAGAUACUCAUUUUUCUUGGUUUUAUACCCUAUUGGAAUUGGAAGCGAAUGGUGGCUUAUGUACAAGGCGACCACAGCCACCACUAGAUGGGCUGUAUUAUGCAUUUUUUAUUUCUUCUUGGGUCUUUACCAAAGACGGAAGGUUCUUGGAAAAAAGUAG